AUGGCUGGACCUACGCCUCUUCGCCUCGAUCCCGCCUACGAGAAGUACAAUCAGUUAAAUAAGGAGCGGUGGAGAUACUUUCGCUGGACUCCUCGUACGGCAUUCAUCUCCUUCAUGUAUGCGGUUUUCGUGCCAACGGUUGUCGGAUAUGCAUUCGCGAAGACUGAUGGCAAAUGGGACAUGCGAGCGAAGCUUAAGGGCGAUACUAUCAGCGAGUUUUAG